GGUUCGUAGCAACUGACGUAUCGUAUAUCGUAUGUAUGUGUCAUUUCGUACAUUUUACAAAUGCAGUUGAUAACAGUUAGACGUAACACUAGGUUAUUGAGGCUUGUCAAAUAUUAAUUGUCUUGCCAUCGAUAAAUCAUGACAUCCAUCAGCGAAGUCGAUGCGGUGCCUAAAUCGAAGAAACCAUCUGAUAGCGCAUUCAAACAGCAACGAUUACCAGCCUGGCAACCAAUACUUACGGCUGGCACAGUCCUACCGACGUUUUUUGUAAUAGGAGUCGCAUUUAUUCCAGUGGGUAUAGGAUUACUUUAUUUUUCUGACGAAGUCAAGGAACAGACUAUAGAUUACACUAAUUGUAACUCCACCAAUAUUAUUGGAGACAAUAGACAGCCUAUGAAAUGUGCAGAUGUAAUUGCAGCAAACCCCAACCGUAACUGUUGGUGCGAAAUAAAUUUCACACUACCUGUAGACUUUGUUGGCAAAGUUUACAUGUAUUAUGGCCUGACAAACUUUUACCAGAAUCAUCGUAGAUAUGUAAAAUCUCGAGACGACAAUCAAUUGUUAGGAAAAUUGAGCGAUAUCGUCUCGAGUGACUGUGAACCAUUUGCCUAUGAAGAAGUAAACGAUACUAAAAUUCCUAUUGCUCCAUGUGGAGCCAUCGCAAAUUCACUUUUUAGCGAUGAACUCAUGCUAUUUUCUGCAAAGCACAAUAAAUCUGUGCCAUUAUUAAAAACUGGUAUAGCUUGGCCAUCUGAUAAAAAUAUCAAAUUUAGAAAUCCUGAGGGAAAUCUGACAGAAGCAUUUAGGAACUUUAGAAAACCUAAGAACUGGACUAAACAUAUUUACGAGUUGGAUGAACAAGAUAAAGAUAAUAAUGGGUUCCAAAAUGAGGAUUUAAUUGUAUGGAUGAGAACUGCUGCAUUACCCACUUUCAGAAAACUCUACCGUAGAGUUGAUCAUACUAAAGAUGGAUUCAUCGGUGGUCUACUUGCAGGAAAUUACACUCUUACUGUCAAAUACUCAUUUUCAGUAUCUGCUUUCCAUGGGAAGAAAAAGAUGAUUUUAAGCACAACUUCACUUUUGGGAGGAAAGAAUCCUUUCCUUGGCAUUGCUUACAUUGUUGUGGGAAGUUUGUGCUUAGUGUUGGGCAUAGUAUUGCUCAUUAUACAUAUUAAAUGUUCGAAGAGCAAACUAAUGUAAAGACGACUACAAGAAAGUAUACUUAGGGCACCGUGUAUGUUCUUUACCACCGACAUGAUCAAUGUGACUCCAACUACGGAAUAUCAUUAGGAAUGAUUCCUCUACUAACGAAACGAGCAUAACUUUAUCAAUAUGGAUAAAUUAUUGGCUAUCUUACGUUGUUUUAAGACGAGCGAUUCUUUUCCAUUUAACAAUAUUUAUUUUCGUUUAAUUGUCAUAAACGAAAAUACGGAUGAAUACGGUAAAGCAAUCAACAAAUCAAAAAUAUCUUAUUUAUUUAAAAGAUGGUUAUUUUUUAAAAUUGUUUAACCGAGUUUCAGUAUUGUUAUAUAAUGUAGAACAUAAUUGGAUAUUUGUGUAACUGCAUUAUAUAUUCUUGGAACUAUAUAUACAAGUUAUAAAUUUAAAAUACAACAAGCCCAGUUAAAGAUUUUUGAAGCUUAAUUGACAAUCAAUUGUCCAUAAUUAUUGUUAAUAUUUAAUUGAGUUAUGAAUCCUAUUAUGAGACACUGCAAAGUAAACAGAAAUAUUAUACAAAUGACUGUACAAUACUAAAACAAAAUAUUUAUAUUAAAAUAUUCCAUUUGCGAAACAAUAAACUUUUUGUAAAAUACUCUUACAUUAAAAAAAAAAUGCAUUUUGAUGCAUUUGUAGAUGCACAUUUAUUCACAUUUAUGCACAUUCGUGUGUUGAUAUAAUUAUAAAAUAUUUACUUCAAAUCUAGAAUCUUGAAAAUAUAAAGAUAUAGAAAUUGAAAUUAUAUUAAAUAUAUUUGUGUAAAUAGUUUCUCUCAUGCAAUACAACUAUAAAAUUGGUUUUUCUUUUCCGGCAGCAUUUUAUUUGCUUAAUUUUGAUGCACACAGAUACAAGAAUAACUUUAAUAUAAUCUGAUAAAAAAAUUAAUGUCCUUAAAAAAUUUAUAAAUAUACAAAAGCUUCUUCAAACUGUUGCAUUGCAUGAACAAGAUCAUUGAUGCUGUUACUUUAAAAUUAAUAUUUAUUAUUUUUAUAAUCUCUAAAUGUUUCGAAAAUAGAUAUAUAUAUAUAUAAAAAUAGAAUAUAUUACGCGCAUUUCCAGAAAUUACUUGUGUUACUGUAAAAAGUGUUAUGUACAUAUUUUCAGUAAUAUAUAAUUAUGUUAUGUUUUUUUCAUUCCAUAAGAACUUAUCACUAUUAUUAAUAAUAAUAUAGUUACUAUUUAAAUUUAUUAUUAAUCAGACGAUAAUAAUAAAUUAACUAUAAUAUUUUAAUAUCAAAUGCGUGGUUUCUAAAAGUAUUCAAAUAUUGAUGCACAUUUAAUCUGAGUAUAAAUAUUUGAAUACUUUCUCUCAUGUCUUACUAUAUUUGUGUCUCUAUAUAAAAUGUUUAAUAAGUUAAACUUCUCUACAGAGAUAAAAUAUAAUGCUCUCAGGAUUGCAUUUUGGUUUAUUGUGCCUUAACUAAAAACUGUGCUAUGACCACAUAUACUGUAUAUGUACAUUAUGUGUUGUGUGCGCAGCAUCUAAUUAAAGAGAUUUAUAAGAUUUAUAACGAUUACUCUUUGUCAUAGUUUAAAAACAAAUCGUUAAAAUUAAAUU